GCAAUAAAUACUGAGUGUCUGUGGGGCACUUUGCUUUGCUUUGUUUAAGACAGUAAUCGUGGCCAAAACGGGUAAAGAAGAUUAUGCAUGCAAUACAUAACACAAUGAGAGAAGUUAGCCUGAAUUUGAAAUUACCGCUUCGUCUGUGUAAACUUUGCAGAGAUGAUAGUGUCAAUAUACCUUACUGCUAAAAAUGGCAGAUUGCGAAAAGGAAGAAGCGCAGAAUUUGCAAUUGGAGUUCGAAUGGGUUCUCCGUAAAGAAGUACAUGCUGUUGUCAGUCAGCUACAUGCAAUCCUCGUCGAGUGUGGUCGGAGAUUUCCUGCCUGUAGCAAUGAUGCAUCACACAGACAAGAAAAAUUUAUGCUGUCAGCACUGCCAGAGCAGCCAAAAUGCGUCAUCACAUUGGCAGGGGAUAGCAUCACUCAUGCGGAAAUCAAUCUCAGAGUUCAACGACAGCAGGUAGUGACAUACCGGACGACAAUUCAAGCUGAAAGUCCAUGGCGAUUGCAGCAGAUCCAAGAUGCUGGCAACCAUCUGCAGCAGGCCAUAGUUCAUACCGAAGCUAUUGAUAAAGAUUAUAUGUUCAAGUCAUCAGAAGAAGUACUUUAUAUAUUGGGCAACAUACUGGGAGCCUUGCAACGUGCCCGUACCAGUCUCAUAGUGCCUCGUAAGAAGACUAUUGACGACCUCAUGAGAAGCAGGAAUAUGAAAUCUUUGGUGCCAAACCUUCCUGAAGAUCUUGCAAUCAGUUUCUAUGUGCAGAGCCACAAACUGGUGUUUGCUGUAUAUCAACUGACAAAUGUGCAAGGCACAAUGAAGUUUGACACCCAUCAGGCAGAGUGCUCAAUCCCAUGGCUAAAUGAAGCUCUAGUACUUCUCACUGUGGCACUGCAACUCUGCCAGCAACUCAAGGACAAGAUUGGUGUAUUCUCACAGUAUAAGGACUUCACUGUGGGUAUGAGAGUGGCAUCUCCAGUACCCCAAUAAAGUUCUACUAUUAGUACUGAAAUUGACCUUCCAGCCAACUGGUAUUGCUGCUCAGAUGUACCAUCCAAGACACUUGAAGUGUCAGGUUGUUAAUUUUGUAUUGUAUGUGCAUAUAUAUUUACGUGCGAUAUUUAAUGUUACCAUCAGAUUUACAAGAUAAUGUUUCCUCAGUCAUAACAAAAAUGACUGAUAGUGCUCAAAGUUGUUUACUCCCUGGUAGACAUAAUAGUUCAAAAUCCAAAAGAAUAAAAUUUCUACAGUUAUUGUUCCUGUGUGCGCCUUGAGCUAAAAGGGCAUAUUUCCACGGCUCCAUGUGGAAAUGUGCACAAAUCUGCAUUUUCAACAGAAUGAUCUGCACACUCAUAAUGUGUGUAUUAUGAAAUCAGACUGGAGAAUUUUAGAAUUUUUAUUUUUGUGUGUUAAUGUAUGCAAGUUUUAUUACUUUUAUAUCUAUAUACUUUUAAGGAAUUUUAUUUGUUUAAAUAACAACUGAGUACCUAUGCGAUGAUUUUGUUUCACACUGGUUUUCUGUACAAGCCUAAAGCAGUAACUAAGGCCACUAGUAAUUUCUUGUACAUUAUAUCAGUUUCCUGGCUGCUUUAUCUUAGAUACAGAAAUUCUGUUAAGCUAAGAACACAAAUAUUUUCGUUUGAUUUGUUGCUAAAGUAAAUACUUACUGGAUUCAAUUCAAAAUUAAUGUAAAGAGGACUGUAAUGAUUUGUGUGACUCCAGGUUAGUGGAUUUAAUAACUUUUAUAUCAUCUUCAUGUGCCUCUAUAAUGAAAUGGGAACCAAAUGUUCUCCAAAUUUCGUUGUAUAAAACCUUAUGUGUCACAUGUAGUCAAUUUUUCGUAUCUGGACUCACAAUUUCAUCCUAAGUAAACUUUUACAGUGAAUCUGGGAAAUAAAAAAAAGGUGAUGGAAUAUCCCCUGUCUAGUAGCUGUUAUGUUUGUGGCGUAUUAUACCAAUUAUAUUUGUCUGAUAUACUAGUGGUAAAUUUCUAAGGUGCAUUUUAAUCACAUUAUUGAAGCUAGUUUUGUGCUUAGUGUAGCCAAGCUGCGGAGAUUGUGUGUGUGUGUGUGUGUGUGUGUGUGUGUGUGUGUGUGUGUGUGUGUGUGUGUGUGUGUAAUAAAAGUUGAAAAUCCAGAAUGAGAUUUUCGCUCUGCGGCAGAGUGUGUGCUGUUAUGAGACGAGGUACUGGCAGAAGUAAAGCUGUGAGGACGGGGCGUGAGUCGUGCUUGGGUAGCUCAGUCGAUAGAGCACUUGCCUGCGUAAGGCAAAGGUCCCGAGUUCGAGUCUCGAUCCGGCACACAGUUUUAAUCUGUCAGGAAGUUUCAAAGUUGAAAAUAUUAGCAUUCCAUGCAUAAUAUGUGCAGUGUAGUUGCUUUUAGUUUUUGUGCAAUAUUUAUUGAGAAAAUAACAAUAAAGGGCAUGUUGUUAUUGUUCACUUUCCCAAAGAUUGGAAAAUACAUUUUCUAUUUGAGUUCAGUGAAGUAUGACUGUCUAAAGAUUGACUGUAGUUCUCGACGGUAAAGAUGGUGAAAAAUGUAAUUUUUUCCAACUUGUACUGUUUUAAAUGCAUCACUUGCGUUAUGGUUAUUUUCUGUAACUACAUUAAUACACAACUCAAUAUAACUAUUCUAGAGCCCUGGCACUGAUACUACAGAGCUGAAAUAUUUUCUCUAUGCUAUCUCUUGCAAUAGGCAUGCAGGAAUUGAUCUAACACGAACUGUUUCUCUAUCAGCAUGACAUUUGGGAGUGUAUUGUUGUGCCUUCACCUUUUGACAAUGUGGAUGUACAGUACAAUCAGGUGUGUCAUAUUGUUAUGCAACAAGAUACUUAAUAAUUUUACUGUUUGUAAUUAUAUUUGAGUUUUGAUGUUGUACUGUAUUAAGAUACACAACUCUGUAAUGCAUUAUUGUUUAUGACAUGUAUGUUGUUCUCAAAAGACUUUUUCUUAAUAACAAGAGAUAAAUACCAAAUGGCCAUGCUGCAUGCUGGAGUCAUAAUGUUGUGACUCAGUGACGCUUCAGUUAUUGAAAUAUUUGUCAUGCUAGUUGAAUUUCGUGUGUACAUUUAGAGUUAUCUUUGCACAACAUUUAUCCAUGCUUUAGUAACCUUGAUUUAGAAAAACCUCAGAACACAUUCCAGGAGAUUAGUCAUUGAAGCACUGUGUUUUCUGUUUUCUUUCUGUUUUUCCAUAUUCGAGAGUGUGGUUAAGCAAUUGUAUCUUGUGAGUGAGUGUUAUUCAGGUGUACACCUACUGCGCAUGUCUGCAGAUACUUACAGUUUCAUUGAUAAAAAAAAAAGUCCCACACCUGUUUCCUUCAUUUAUUAAAUUACAUAAAAUAAGAAAUACAAUUAUACAUUUGGUGAUAUCUAAUAUAUUCAUACAGGGGUGUGCUUUUCCUUAAUCACUGAUUAUAAUGUCAGUGCAACAAUAAGUCCUUGCAUUCCCUUCAAUCUACACCACUGAAAUUGAACUUCAUUAAUAAAGUAUUGAAAUGAGUUUAUCUGAUUGGUGUGGCCAGGAAAAGGAGUAUCCAAUGGUCAGUUCUCCUUUGAAUUCAUGCUUAGAAUAGUCUGUUGGUAGGCUUUCGUACCAAUGAGGUUUUUGAGCAAAAUUAAUUGGUACUGCACAUAAAUGACUAUGGCAAUCAUGAUGCUAGAUAUUAAACUGUUUUGUAACAUCACUGUUAUUUAUUGACAGAGAUGAUUAUUAUUUGAUUUUUCAUGGGAUCUGGUGAUGGUUGCUUGCUACAUUCAAAUUUUCCCUACACUUUAAUACUUCUGUAGCAACGUGCAGGCUGAGAUCAUAAUAUCUCUUUGUAAUUGUGUAUUUUGGAUAAGGUGUUAACACUGCAAGCAGUAUCUCCUUGCUUCUGAAUCGUCCUGUAAUUUAUCAUUUAGAAUGCAAAGUGAAUGUACAAAAAUACUUCUUUUUGAUAUGGGCAAGGACUCUGUCCAGAACAGGGUAAGACAUUAUUUUCCUUGAAAAUACUCGUCAUUCAGGUUCCAGAACAGCAUAUUUGUGCUGACCGCUGUGGUCGAGCGGUUCUAGGUGCUUCAGUCCAGAACCACGCGGCUGCUACGGUCGCAGUUUCGAAUCGUGCCUCAGGCAUGGAUGUGUGUGAUGUCCUUAGGAUAGUUAGGUUUAUGUAGCUCUAAGUCUAGGGGACUGAUGUUAAGUCCCACAGUGCUUAGAGCCAUUUGAACCAUUUUUGAGCAUAUUUGUUUGUGUUUGCUGUGUGCUUUUUCCACCAACAAAGUGAUAUUUUACAUCACUGACAAGAACUGUUUGUUUGGCAUUAUGUCCUGUAGGGGAAGAAGAUAAACUUGCCUGUUACCUGUGCAGACCAUGUCUGUACAUGUCAUUCACCAUUUGGCCAUCUGUAACCUUGUUUUGGUAAUGUUGAAUAGCUGUUGUGAAAUGUUGUGUACAAUGUUGUUAAAUUAAUUUAAAUGCAAAACAUUUAGCAGUAGCUGGAAGACACAUUAUUUUAAACUUUUUCUUUGUAUCAGACUUGGUUUCAUGACACAGAUUUUGCUAUAUCAUUACCUGUAGUAAUUAAGGAUAACCAUGUCUUCAUUUUUGAGAAUGACGGUAAAUAUUGUGGUUCCUUUUUUUCAUCUGAUGUGAUUGUGUAUGCUUUAAUAUAACAUUGGCACCUCUUGGUUGGACAGUGUAAUCUGCUGAUUGCAUUUUCAGGGUGUAUUUCUGUAAGAAAAAAGUGUUCGUUGUUUAGGUUUCAAUUAAAUUAAUCAAACCCUUGAAUAGAAUAUAUGUGUUAUGUUGUAUCCUCAGUACACUGCUGCCUUCAGCAGAUGCACAGUUUUUUGUACAGCUAAAAAUGAUGAACCUGUGUGUGCUCAGUAUCACACUCAAAUACUUAUGAUAUUUUUUGAAUUUUUGGUCAGAGCUAUCGAAUUUUUAUUUCUUGUUGUUAUAUUAACGGCUCCAAGUAUUAACGUUGUAACUCCAAAUUGUUUAUUCAAAAAGAUUUCAGGCCUGCAGCCAGUCAUUGUUAGCUUCUAUCCACAAUAUUUUGACUGGAGACCUGUCAGCCAUCCUCAGGUGAGCCAUCGAAGACUGACGAAGACACCCUCUGUUCCAUAAUAUAUGGCAUGCAGCGAGUAUUCUGCGCAUGCGUCAAAAUCAUAUGGACAGAUGAACCAUACUGCCCGCCAGCAGCGCCCUCACUGGUGGAACUGCAAAACUCAGCUGUCUUCGGCAUUGUCAAUUGCCGCGGUCAUCGGAGUACUCUGAUGUCUUCGUCUGGAGCAGUUCUUAGAGAUGACGGGAUACCAAGCAUUAUCAAGCUGGAAGCCAUUGUCACGGUUCAUAAGAUUGUCUGUCAUGUGAAUUUCCACUGAUUCUUUUAUGACGGAGUCCCAAAAGGAUGUUGCUGUGGCCAAAAUUGUUGUCUUGUCAUAACUCCAUCGAGUGUCCAGUGGAAAUGCAAUGCUCAUCAAUUGCAGACUUUCUAGGUAGCAAAAGGCGAGUACAGCGUUGAUGUUCAGUGCAACGUUCAUCUACUGUUCACAAUGUUUGUCCUAUAUAUGACAUGCUGCACUGACAAGGUAUUUUAUAAAUUCCCGCCUUCCGCAAUACCAGAUCAGUCUUUCACUGAUCCCAGCAAGUCGGAAAUCUUCGAUGGUGGACAGAAAAUUACUUUCACUUCGAAACCUUGGAGAAUUCUGGCAAUUUUGAAGGAAAUGUUGCCAACAAAGGGAAGAAAAGCUAAAGAUUUAGUAGGCGUGUUCUCUUCUUUCUCCACUCCCUGUUCCUUUGGCAUAAUUGCAAGUGCCUUACUAAUUAACCGGGUAGAAUAUCCAUUCUCUUUGAAAACCCUCUUCAGAUGGGCAAGCUCUUCAGGCAAACUAUCUGACACUACAUGAGCUCUGUGUACAAGUGUUUUAAGUACACUCAUUGUUUGUGAUGGGCGAUGGCAGCUGGACGAAUUUAAAUACAAAUCAGUGUGUGUGGGCUUUUGAUAAACGAAAUGCCCCAGAGAACCAUCACUCUUCCGUCUAACUAGCACAUCCAAGAAAAGGAGGCAACCAUUUUUCUCUAAUUCCAUGGUAAACCGAAUGUUCCCAUGAAAGGAGUUGAGAUGAUCUAAAAGCUCUAUUAAUUUUUCUUCUUCGUGAGGCCACACUACGAAAGUGUCAUCCAUGUGCCUCCAAGAAACAGUUGGUUUGAGGGCUGCUGAUUCAAGUGCUCUCUCCUCAAAAUCCUCAAUAAAAAGGUUGGCCACCAAGGGAGACAAGGGGCUACCCAUGGCGACGCCGUCAAUCUGUUCAAAAUAUUCUUGGUUGAACAUAAAAUAUGUUGAGGAGAGAGCAUGGCGAAACAAAGCAGCGAUUCCCACCUGAAACUUAUUGCCAAUCAUUGCCAAGGAGUCUGCAAGAGGUAAAUUUCACUCCAAAUUGUUUGUUUUACAGGAAAAGCAAAAGAAGUUUAAUGUGAACAGCACAAAUCCAAGUUUAUUUCAAUUUGUUUGAAACUUAACAGAUACAAAUGAAGGGAUUUAAAUGUUAUAUUAGUUCUACCUGUUUCCAAAGAUGGACUUUGAGGGUUUAUGAUACUUUUCUCUGGAAAAAUCUAAAUCAUAUUUCCAUGACAAGUUGCGCUACAUAGUUUUAUGACAAAAGCUGAGAAAGGAAUGUAUUAAGACGUUCUUAUAUGCUUUCCAUUAGUGAUCCUCAUUCAUCAGCACUUGAUACAGCACCAUCAGUAUGUUCUGGUGUACCAGUUUGUGUUUACACUGGCUUGGAUUAAACUAAUGAUAAGCAGUUGGGAUGCGCUUGCUAUUGUGUAAGGACAAGACAUUCUUAAACUUCUGUUCUCUGAUUGGCAGGAACCUGUGAUAAGUCAGUGUGAGGACAUAACAGGGUGGUAGUGGCCUUCCUCUAGAUUGCUUCUGGACACACACACACUCUUUGCUUCUUCGUGGUAAGUGUACUUGAAGUACACUGUGUAUAGUCAUCCUUUUAAGACAGGAAUUUCCUGAGGCACUUUACUCCAUAGACCUUGUUUUUAUUGGUAUGUACAUCCACUGUUGCUUCUGCACCACUUUCUUGAAGUCAUAUAUUAAAUCCUGACUCUUUUCAUUAGCUGUGUAUGGCUUGCCGGUGGCCUUACUCAUUCUAUUUAAGGUGACCCACUGAUCCAGAACAUGGAGAGAUUGUCAGAGCAUCCAUUGACUCAUCUUCAUUCUGGGAGUGCCCCUGUUCUAGAAAGUGACAAGUGACUGGUAUUCCAAAUUUAAUAGAUGCAAUGACAAACAUAGAAAGUAGCAAUUUGUCUCUAUUUUGUCCUCUACAGCUAUAUGAAAUGAGUUUAAAUGUUUUGUCAUCUUUACAAGCUUGCAUCUGUAAGAAAUGGUGUAGGUGCCUGACUAUUUUAUUUGGACCAUGAUGGGCAGUGGCCUCCUGCCAAACAUAGUGCUGCUGUUCCUUGUUUCUUCUGUUUGUAGUAAUAAAGGCUCACAUCUGACUAUGGUGUAGCCAACACUUUCUGCAGAUCAAUGUGUGCAAUGAUAAUGGUAUUGUCUGAGAGUGAAGUGAAUUUAACAAUGUGAGAAAGAGAGAGAUUGCUACUUACCGUAAAGAUGAGAUGUUAAGUUGCAGACUGCACUACUGAGGCACCUACACAUUAGCUUUCAGCCACAUUUGUCAGAAAAAGAAAACAAAACGUAAGCACAUCUGAUGCACACAACAGCCAUCUAUGGCGUCAUGGACCUCCUAAAUUACGUAAAUAAUCUUGCUUUUUGAUAAUAAAUCUAUGGGAUGAACAAUUGGGAACCAGGAACUACAGCCUCGGCAUCACUAGGAAACAAUUCCCUCUUAUUUACAGUUCACUCUCCCGUAGAAAGAAAAGGGCAGCUUCUUCUUCUUCUUCAUGCAUUACGGUCUCUUUAGGACCAUGGGUAGCCCCUUUGCGAACUUCAUUUUCCUCUUCUUCUCCCACAACUUCUUCAUUCUUUCUCUUCUUCUCUCCUGCUCUUCUUCUGAGAUCUUCAGUGUUCUUUUCUCCUUUGGUUCCACUGGUGUCACUCUUAAUCUUUUCCUAUCUUCUUCUCUGUCGUUGAUCUCCGGCAUAUUGGUUGGUGUGUAUUUAUUCCUCCAAUUUUCCUUUCCUUCGCCCUUGAUCCCCAAUUCCAACCAGUCCUUCCAAGUUCAACAACCCACUUGGUUCCUGCCUUUUCCCUUGUCCUCCCUUUCGUUUACUACACUCUCUUCGUUCAUACUCGUCCUAACUACAUGUUCAGCAGACUUUCCCUUUUAGUCUGAUUUCCUCGAAUAUUGUUCUCAUGUUCUGGUACAGUUCUUCCCUAGGUCUUCGCAUUCAUCUCUCUCCACCUCUUUUGGGACCUAGUAUUUUUCUCUCUUUUUUUCUGUAGUUGUUCUGCCCCAUUUCUUCCUAGUGUCAUCGUCUCAGCAGCAUAUAAUACUGCAUUCCUCACUGUUGCCCUGUAGUGGCUUAUCUUUGCCUCUGUGGAUAUAUUCUUUUUAUUUUAUAUCUCUCUCAUCAUACAGAAGGAUGAAAUUAUCUUCUUUAUCCUCUCUGUUAUUCCCUCCUUGCUCCUGUUCUUUCCUGUUAUAAAUUCUCCCAGGUAUUUAAAUUUGUCCACCAUAUGCGCAGUGCCUUCCGGUGUUUCCCAGUCUGCAGUGGUAUUUAAUGUCUUUGUCUUGUUAUAGGUAAUCCUCAGUCCCACCUUUCUGGCUACCUUACUUAAGUUGUCGAGUUCUGUCUUUGCAUCUUCUUCCGUCUCGUGUACCAUUACUAUGUCGUCUGCAAAGGUAGGCAGUCCACUUGAGCCCUGUUGUCCUUUUUGUGCCCCAAAUGGGUCUUUGAUAUUCUCAUUUCCUCGUUUUUUUUUUUUUUUUUUUUUUUUCUUUUUUUUUCCUCUCUCCACUGCCUGAUUACUUCGUCCAGUGCUAUAUUGAACAACAAUGGUGACAAUCCAUCUCCCUGUUUAACAUCAGUCUUGAUCUCAAUUUUUCUGACAGUGUUCCUCUGAAUCUCACCCUUGCUGUUGUCUCUGUCAGAAUUUCUUUUAUGAAUUCUUGUGUAGUUCCAUGUAGUCCUUUGUUCUUCACGAUCCUAACAAGAGUCUGUCUGUCGAUGGAGUCAUAUGCCUUUGUGAAGUCUCUUUGUUUUUUUAAGCCCUAUAUUCUAUCAGUUGCUUCAGAAUAAAUACCUUUUCUAUACAUCCUCUUCUCAUCAUGAAUCCCGCUUGGUAGUCGCCAACUGUACUUUCUAUCUGUUCUUCUACUCUCUUGAGCAAGAGUUUAGACAGCACCUUGUAUCCGACGUCUAGUAGCGAUACUCCUCUGUAGUUGUUUGCAUCUCUUGUCCCCCUUCUUAUGUAUUGGUACUACAGAUACAUUCUUCCAUCCUUCUGGCAACUUCUUUGUCCUCCAAAUCUGGUGGAUUAUGUUGUUGGUCAUGUUGUCUAUUGCUUCGUUGCCUCCCCACAUUAUUAUCUUGGCUGCUAUACCAUCUUCUCCACUUCCCUUAUUAUUCUUUAGAUCGCUUAUGGCAUGUGCGACUUCAUCCCUGGUUGGAGGGCGUGGCUCUCUCUCUCUCCCUUCUGUGUCAGUCCCCAAUUCUAGCUCGUCUUCAGGUGAUUCGCAGUUCAGCAGGUCGUGAAAGUAGUCUGCAAAAAAUCCUACAGUUCUCCCUCACACUAACUACGAGCUCCACUUUCUUAUCUCUUAAUAAACAGUUCCCUACUCUUGUAUCCAAUCAGACUCUUUUUGAAUUUCCCCAAAAAGUGUCUGCUGUUGUUUUUCCUGAAGUUGGUCUCAAUCUUGUCCAGUUCCUGCUUCAUCAUCUGGUCCAUCUUAUUGUUUGGGCUGCUUCCUUUCUUGCUCCUAAAAACACUUCCCAUUUUUCUGGGUCCUUCUUGCUGCUCCAGUCUCUCCAGGCUUUCCUAAGAGUUUCUAUUGCUUCCUCACAUUCCUUGUUCCGCCACCAGUACUUCCAUUUAUUUUCUUGCUUUCCCUAUAGUUCAGCCUGUUUAGCCAUCUUUUGCUUCAUGUUGCCCCACUCAUCGAACAAUUCAAUUCCUUCCUCAUCUCUGGAUUGACUAUGUCUUAAUUUGUCUCUGUCUAUCUUCAUGUUUCUAGUUCUUCUGUUCAUCUGUGGCAGUCUGUCCCUGUUUGGAAUCCAAAGGCAAGAUAAGAUAAUGAUCCGAUUCUAUUCUUAUGUUCUUCCUGACCUCUGUGUUCAUGAUCUCUUUAGUGUUUGUCGAGCUAAUUGCUAUGUGGUCAAUUUGGAAUUCCCCAAGGCGGAUCCAUGGGUGUUUGCCCAUGUCUUUUCCGUACUUGGUUUGGCCCUGAAGUGUGUUGUCAUCGAUCUCAUUUUGUGUGUUCUCGACACAGUUCAAUUAGUCUUUCCCCAUUUUUGGUUGUCCGUUUGCGUGCAGGUUGCUCGCCCACUACUCCUUUAUGUUGCUUCUCUCUUCCAAUCUGUUCAUUAUAAUUUCCAACAAGUAUCUUUACAUGUCUAUAUGAUAUGUUUUUCAGUGUACCAUCUAGCUCCUCCCAGAAACUGUCUGCAACUUUCUUGUCUUUCCUGUUCUUGUCAUUUGUAGGUGCAUGUCCAUUUACUAUUGUAUACGUUUUGUUCCCUGCUUGAAAUGUCAAUGUUGAUAUCCUUUCUGACCCACCCUUCAUUUCAGUUAUACCAUCUUUGUAUCUCUUGUCUACUAUGAACCCUGUACCAAAGCAUCUAGGUGCAUGUCUUUCCUUCCCCACUCUAGCUCCUGGUUUCCCUUUCAGUAUUAUGAAGCCUUCUGACUCCACUGUAUUUUCAUCAGUGUAUCUUGUUUCUUGCAUUGCUAGUAUUCCAGUGUUUCUCUCUUCCAUCUCAUCUAUUACCUGUUUAAGUUUACCAGUCUUAAUCAUUGUCUGAACAUUUAUGGUUCCAAUUCUGAAAGUCUUUUUAGUCUUAAUCUUCAUUCGGAGUUAUGGGAGCUCCGACUCUUCCCUUAUGCACUUUUUGGCAGGUCCCCCCAGAAUCCGAAUGCCUGCUUGUGUCAACCUUGGUAAAUGGAGGUUGUCCCCUGGGGUAAUCUCAGUUCAGUAGUGCAGUCCAUUCCAUGAGCUAAAAAUAUUUUUCGUUGGUAGAGCUCGUGUCCGUUCAGUUAUACGACUGAAGUUGUUAGCUCGAGAAGACGAGUUUGGGCUGCCCCUGACAUAGCAACACAGAUGCCUUAGGGUAGCCACCCCUAACAUGGAGUACAGCCGCUACCUGAUAUGUUUCAGUGGCCCUUCUGCUCUCUCUCUCUCUCUCUCUCUCUCUCUCUCUCUCUCUCUCUCUCUCUCUCUCUCUGACGUUGGGUUGGGAAGUGACCUUCCACUUCCGCCUUAGAGACUGUUGGCCACGCUUUGCCUGUAACCCUAGGUAGGGGCCCCCAACUGGGUGCUACCAUCUGGAGCAUGAGGUUGUUAUUCCUCCCCCUCCGCCUUCCCCAUCACUUGCGAGAUGCGGCCCUGACCUUGGAACCGGCUAUGGCAGAGUUAAAUGGACAGCUUCAAAUAAUAAUUAUUGCUGCAAGAACACAUAAUAUUAUUUUUGCUGUUAAAUAGAAUUAACCAGCCAACAAAUUUCGAAAAAUAUUCUUUAUUUGUAUAUGAGUAUAUACUACUAUGUACAGAAUUUUAGAGCUCUUUUUUCAAUUCUUUAUAUGAAAAUCUGUUGUUUAUCCAUUGUUCAUACAAGAGAAAAUGAGUAUGUACAUUCAACAGCAUUCAUUGGGUUGAGAACCAUGCUCCUUAUUUUCAACAUUUGACUUCAGAACAUAAUUAGUCAAAACUUAAUUACUGAUGCUAGUUAUAAAAGUAGCAAACUUGAAACCCAUUCACACAGCUGCAUAUAGAUUAUUAUUCUACACAAAAUCACUGGUUGUACUUGUAUGGAUGAUCAGAUCUACAAUCACCAUGUACAUUAUUAGCUACACAACAUUACUUGACCUUAGUAGCAAGGACAAUGAACAUCAUGCACUUUUCCUCUACAAAUUUCAUAACUACAGUUAAAGGUUUAAUUGUGCUACCAUUCUCCCAGGAAAAACAUCAGAACGUAAAUUGCAAUUCUUUUGAUUGGUGAAAUAGUUCUUGCAUGACCUACAAUAUUCUGAAGAUUGCUGUUGCUGCUUAAUUUGUGGUGAUAGAAAUAAGAUUUUUAUGCAGGGGGAAAAUGGUGAAGUAACAAUUCUGGCAAACAUCAUAACUCACUUUUACCAUUUUUCAACUUACGAUGUUAAUACUUGGAUAUGUUGACAUGUUGUUGCUUUUGGUGUAAUUAUAGUUUUUACAUUUAGGAUAUCUUUGUUAAACUAUGAGAUAUAUCCUGUAGUAAUUAUGUGGUGGACUAUUCUGUUAGGUGUUGUAGUGCACUUAAGAAACGUAUCAUAGGACUGUCUGUUACAGUAGAUGAUUCUUGUUUCUAGACCUAUUGUCAUUGCAUGGUUGGUGCUUAUUACAGAUUGAAACAGCCAUUAUACAUUUUCCGUAGUUCAAAAUCGCAAGUUUUUGCAAGUGAUAGUGUUUGGCACUUUUAUUUUUUGUACAUGUACAUUUCCUUCCAUGAAAUUUGUUUUAGACUUACAGUGAUAUCUAUGAUUUGUAGAUUUACAGUUCUUUUGUAUUCUUGAAAAGAUGAAAUAUUAUUUUAAUAUUGUGUAAGGUACUUUUUUAUGUCACAUUACAGAAGAAAACUUGGUAUAAGGUAGAAAAACUGUGAAAUUCUAUAUUCUGUUAGUAUUCUCUACUUUUGUCAAAGGGAAAAGAAAUGUCUCUCAGAAGUUGUGUGGUAUGACUCUGUAGUCCGUAGGGGUUGUAAUGCUCAGUUUUUAUACUGAAUAACUUGUAAGCUUGUAAGUCCUUCAGUAACUGAAACAAGUGGGGGUGGAGGAAGGGGUUUGAUGUAUACAUGGGCUACUUGGUCACUACUUUGUAGUCUGCUUAACGCUUUGUAUACUUUUUACUUUUGAUUUUGAAAGAUUUUUUAAAAUGGGGAUAAAAAGUUUGGUGCAGUUUUUAUUGAUGUUGAAUAGUUCUUAUGAUGUAGAGAGAGUUUUAUCUCGUACAUACCAUAAACCUUAGUUGUUAAUUUUCAGAAUUGAAUUGUAGGUCACUAUUUUAAAACAAAUAACCAGAUAUUUUUUGUUCAAGUAGUUGCUCCAUGGUUGCAGUAGAAUAGUAAGGUGUGGCAAGUAAAUCACUUUAACUAAAGAGGGUCUCUGAUAUUUUGAGAUUAUUAAAAAAUGGAUCCACGCAAUGCGUAAACCAUGCUCUGUCACUAAAACACUCAGACUGACAGUACCAUCUAGUCUAGCAAUUGUAAUAACAAUUAUAUGUAACAGACAUUGCAUACUGUACAAUUAGAAAUGAAAUGGUAUUAAAUGGUUGUUUCGGUAAUGCACUCUCUCGAUGUUACAACACCACUUCAAAUGUCAUUAUGAAAUUGUGGUUUUUGGGUAAGUCCUUAUAAGUUUAUCAGAAUUUGUGUAAAUAUUGUAACAAUAUGUAAGGCUGUGAAUUAAAUCAUAACAUGAAGUGUGAAAAAAGCCAAGAAGGCUGUGAAACUGCUUUAUGACUUUAUAUUUCUAAAAGUAAAUACAUUGUGAUUGCUGUUUUCUUACAAGAAAAUUCUCUUACUGACUGGAUGUCAAAAUGCAAUGAAGUUCCUCUUCAUUUGAAAUCUCCUUUCAGUUUUUUUGCUGAGGAGCUGUAUUCAGUAAUAGAAGGACUAACAUAAAGCAGUGUUCCAGUGCAGUCAAUUGUAAAACAAAAAAUCAUAGGCAUAUUAUUUGUGUGUAAAGGUUCAUUGUGUGCAUGUAUGUAGAUUCAGUUUUCUGUUGCUGUUGGGAGGAACUGUGAAGUAAUUGCUGUUUUCUACCCUCAUUUUCUGAUCUUUGCAUGUACAAAUUGUUAAAGAGGAUUUUUAUAUAACUGUGAAUUGUGGUCUUGUAGCCAAGUAACAUGUCAACUGUUACUUAGUAAUUUGAUAUUACCAUUGCUAUAUCGGUGUUGUAUCUCUGUUGAUGGUUUUUAGAGUAAUAAGAAAUCUGUACAUCUCAGCACCUUUCUUCAUUGUACUUAGUAAAAUUUACCAAAAUGACAAUAAUAUUCUUUGUAUGUAUUCCAUGUGGUAAGGCUGUGAAACUGGGUCUACCAUUGUCUGCUGUGUCCUUAGAUGUAUUAAUUUUGGCACUUAUGGAAAGAUCUUGGAGUUUUGCUUUGUGUUACUGAAACAAGGUGCACGAGAACACAAGCAAUAAAUUAAAUGUUGUUGUUAAUGUUA